UACGUUGUCAAUUUUUUUAUUAUUGAAAAGAUUAGGCCACGGGGACGUCUAGUCGAUCGUCUAUUUGAUUUUUUUUUCCAAGUUUUCUUGCCACAUGGUCAAUCAUGGCUUAUCACUUCAUGUCCAGUCACCUAUCAUCUUAUCUAAAAUAAUUCCAUACCAAUUCAUGAAUGUGAACACGAACACGAAAUGUAGAAAUUUAGUAUUAAAGUUAGUUAUAAUGCAAUUUAUCAUAAAAAAUUAUAUAAUAUAUCCUAAGUUCAAUUUUUAACAUAGUUGAUAAAAUUAUGAAUCUAAAUAUUUCUUGUUCAAAAAUAAAUAAUUUAUGUCUUUUUCAAUAAUUUAUAUGGGAAUGUUUAAGUUUAUAGUUUUAAACAAUUGAAAAUAUGAAUGUUAUGAGAUAUACUUAAAUUUAAAGGAUUUAGUAAUUAUGGUCUUAGCAUCCAAGGAAGUCAUUACAGUGGCUUUGUUGUGCUGUAUAUGGUACAUAGUAAGUUCCGGUAGCAAUGUAGUCGGCAAGACACUUUUAAACCAAUUCCCAUAUCCAAUGACUGUGACCAUGGUACAGCUCCUAUCCAUAGCUGUUUAUUCAGGUCCAUUUUUCAAUUUGUGGGGUGUGAGACGGUUUGUAGACAUAAGUUGGCCCUAUUAUUUCAAGUUAAUAGUUCCACUUGCUCUUGGAAAGUUUGUUGGAUCAGUUUUCACACAUGUCAGUCUAUGGAAAGUACCUGUCUCCUAUACACACACAGUAAAAGCUACUAUGCCACUGUUUAGUGUUGUUUUAUCAAGAAUAAUACUAGGAGAAAAACAAUGUUUAAAAGUCUAUUUAUCAUUAGUACCCAUAAUUGCUGGAGUUGCUAUCGCAUCUUUCACAGAGAUAUCUUUUGAUGUAAUAGGUUUGAUGAGUGCCUUGGCAGCUACAUUACAACACACAUUACAAAAUAUAUUUUCUAAAAAAGUACUUCACGAUACUGGUAUUCACCACUUACGACUCUUACAUAUACUUGGUCGUCUAGCAUUGAUGAUGUUCUUACCCGUAUGGCUUUAUUUUGAUUUUUGGCACCUAGUAACAGUUUCAAACUUUAAAAUGAAUAAUGAAUCAUACAAAGUAAUAGGUUUGCUGUUUACUGAUGGUAUACUUAGUUGGUUGCAAAAUAUAUUAGCAUUUAGUGUUAUGUCAAUGGUUACAUCUUUAACAUAUGCUGUAGCCAGUUCAUCAAAAAGAAUUUUUGUUGUGGCUGCAUCUUUAUUUGUAAUUGGAAAUCCAGUAACUAUUAAUAAUGUUUGUGGUAUGGCAUUGGCUCUGUUUGGUGUUAUUGCGUACAAUAAGGCAAAAUAUGAUGCCAGACGAACAGAUCAGAAACGCGUAAUAUUGCCAAUGACAUACCAACACACAAACAAUUCUACACUUUGGCAAAAUGGUAACAUAAAUUCCAGUUAUAUUAACGGGAAUAAAUCAUUAUUUGUAUAAUUUUUAAAUGUGACAGCUUCCAUACAGUUAUAAUUUUUUUUUAAUUUAACCAUAAGGUUGUUAAUAUAUAUGUUUUUAUUUUGUUAAUGUUUUAAUCUAUAAACUUAUUGUAUUAUUAUUUUUGGAUUGUAUUACUUGUUGAGUUUUCUAUUAAAAUAAUGUUAAAGUAAGCAGUUCUUUAAAAUUUUUAAAUGGAUAAUAUUGCAAUAUAAAUGUUAUGUACAUAAUUAUUAUUUUAUGUUAUAAAAAGUGAUUUAAAUUCUAUUUUAUAAUUUUUUUUUUUAUAAAACUUGUCAUGUAUGUAUUUUAAUUUAAACUUUCUAGUUUUUUUUAGUUCUACUAUUAACAGUCAACACAGACUAAAUACAUCCAUAUAAAAAUAAAUUCCAUUGUAUAUUAUGAUCUUUUAAAAGUAUUAUAUUUAGACAUUAUAUUUUGUAAAGACUGUUUAUUUUGUUUAUGUUGCACAAUAUCAUAAUAUUAAUUAUUCUUUUUAAUUCAUCAUAGCUUAUAUUAAUUAUAGAAAUAUUUUCGAAAUUAAGACCAAUUAAAUUGAAUUGUUACUUUUAUACACAGACAUAUUUACUUUUUAAUCUUUAUUGAAUAGUUUUUAAUUUUCUAUAAAACAUGUAACUAAUAAUGUUUAGCUCUGACAGGGGAUUAUAAAGUAUGUUGUUAUCUCCAAUUGAGAUUAUGUUAUAUUUUAUUAAGAUUAUUUUUGUUAAAUAAAAUAGUUAUUUUUAUAAACAUAAAUUGUACUUAAUAGUUUAUGAUUUAUCUAAUCUAAUGAUAGCUUAAAAUGUUGUAGGUACUAUUAUUUUUUAUAAAUGUAAAAAUAUUAUAAUUUGAUUAAAUUAUUUAAUACAUUUUA